AUGUCUGGUGCAAAGAUACUGCUAUUUCUGCAGAGCCUGUCGCGUAGGAAACCUCUGGCACCUGACGGAGAAGAGUCCAACUUUCGGCGAUGCCUGACCACCCUCGACCUAGUGGCUCUGGGGGUCGGCAGCACACUAGGGGCUGGUGUGUAUGUGCUGUCAGGAGAGGUGGCCAGAGCCGUAGCCGGGCCCAGUAUCAUAAUCGCCUUCCUGAUAGCAGCAGUGGCCUCCAUCUUUGCCGGGCUUUGCUAUGCUGAAUUUGGAGCUCGGGUUCCCAAGACUGGCUCUGCCUAUCUCUACAGCUAUGUGACUGUGGGAGAGAUAUGGGCUUUUAUCACCGGCUGGAACUUGUUGCUGUCUUAUGUCAUAGGGACAUCAAGUGUUGCCAGAGCAUGGAGUGGCACCUUUGAUGAUCUCAUUGGAAAUGUAAUUGCCAACUCUCUGGGCAAACAGGCUGCUAUGAAUUUAUCUGGAUUAGCUCCCUUCCCAGACUUCUUUGCAGCCGGCCUCAUAAUGCUCUUGGCAGGGAUUCUUGCAUUUGGUGUUAAAGAGUCAGCUAUUGUAAAUAAGGUUUUUACAGCAGUUAACAUCGUGGUAUUGCUGUUUGUUGUCCUCUCUGGAGUCAUUAAGGGUGACAUCAACAACUGGUACAUUGGUGAAGAUUCUCUCCAGGAUGGAUAUGAGUAUGGAAACUGCACGUCACUGAAUGAAACCACCAGGUAUGGCAGUGGAGGAUUUUUCCCUUUUGGCUUUGAGGGAACAUUAGCAGGAGCGGCCACUUGCUUUUAUGCAUUUGUCGGAUUUGACUGCAUAGCCACAACAGGAGAGGAGGUUCAAAAUCCUCAGAAGUCGAUCCCACUCGGCAUUGUGGCGUCCCUCCUCAUCUGCUUCCUGGCUUAUUUUGGUGUGUCUGCUGCCCUGACUCUUAUGAUGCCAUACUAUUUGCUCAGUGUUCACAGCCCGUUGCCUGUGGCCUUUACAUACAUUGGUUGGGGCCCUGCAAAGUAUAUAGUGGCUGUGGGAUCACUCUGUGCACUGUCAACAAGCCUACUAGGAUCAAUGUUCCCGAUGCCCCGUGUUCUCUUUGCCAUGGCCAGGGACGGACUUCUCUUCAGACCCCUCAGUAAAAUGAAUGAAAGACAAAUUCCUGUCAUAGCAACCCUGGCUUCAGGAGUUGUUGCAGCUAUCAUGGCAUUGUUGUUUGAUCUGAAGGCACUGGUUGACAUGAUGUCAAUUGGAACCCUCUUUGCCUACACACUCGUUGCCAUAUGUAUCCUCAUAUUAAGGUACCAAGCAGACCUCAACGAGGAUUCAAUCUUUUUAGCUAUCAUCCUCAGCAUCGUCAUAUCAGGGGCUGUAGACUCCCUGCAGGCCCUUGAGUGGUGGAGUUUACUUUGUGUCUCAGUGGUCGCGGUGAUGCUGGUCCUCAUUACCCUGGUCAUCUGGAGACAACCACAGAGUACAACCAAAGCUGCUUUUAUGGUUCCUUUUGUGCCGUUGCUUCCUAUUUUCAGCACCUCUGUCAAUGUCUAUCUGAUGGUUCAACUUGGAUCAGACACAUGGAUCCGCUAUGCAGUGUGGAUGGCAGUAGGUUUAAUCAUCUACUUCUGUUAUGGUGUUCAGCACAGUGUGCAGAAACAAAGGCUUCGAAAUUCACACAACCAGGUCAGGAUUCACAGCAUCACCACCGCUAUGGAGCAAAACUUUGAACCUGAACAAGAUUUGAAUGUUUAA